CGAAAUCUGAUUUCCACGCGAGCAAUUCCGAAGCCCAAUCAGAGGUGACACAAAUGUGUCAAGGGAGAGCCAGAUAUCCUUGGCAGUGGGAAGGGUGAAAAGCCAUGGUCGAUGGGAAGGAAAUCCAACCAGCCCAGCCGAGCUCAAUGUAGCAACCACCGAACAACCACCGACACCUCAGCCAUCAACCUUCUGGAUUCAGUAAGUAGCCGAUCAUGUGAGACCAUGAUCACGCCCAUCCUUCCCGUUUUGCAUGGAUGUUUGCUUGCUCUGGUACUAUCAUCCCCUUCCGCCGCUGGGUUUAAAUCGCCUUCUUUUUUUUUUUUUCUUUUUUUCUCACUCCAUCCUCUUCUUACCCUCCCCCCUUCUCACUUCCCCUCCAUUCAUCGCAAUCCACAUCCCCUAUCGGCUAGGAGGGAAGAGAGCCAUCGCGGCCCCUACCCUAGCGUCCGCGAUUAUCGAAUAAUAGCUCCAAUUGCGGGCCAAAACAUUCUGAGUCCACGUCGCCGUCUCGGAGAAAUGGGGAGGUCCAACCCUGUCGAUUCAAUUCACCAGGUGUCAGACUAGACCACUCGGAAAAUGCCCGUCGUCGUCUGGGUUGCAUCACCUAGCUUCAUUGCUGUCGACAAAAUUCGUUCCUUUGGUGCCCACUAACCUCAACAGCUUUCCUGCAUCGGUGGGCAUCUCCGAGCGCACCUAGACCUGGUGUUACCCUGGUCUAGUGCAGCUGUCAUGCCUCCACUCAUGUAGCUUAGGCAGAACCGACCGUUCUAGGCAGGUGUGACCCUCACUUCACUGUCCGGAAUCACAGGGUGUACUAUCAUCUGGCAG